UUUAGCCUUCUCAGUUGGUUUCUAAUGAAGUCCUUUCCUUUCUCCUAGUUUAGUUGGCCUUGGCCACAGCAACAAAUCCUUUUUAAAGUUUACCUUUCCCAUAGCAUCCUACACGUGUCUAUACUUUUUUGGUAUCACGUAGCGCCACGUCUAUGAUUCGCACCGUUCGAUAAAGAAACCGAACCUACCCCAGAACCACCCACCCCCCUCCACAUAAAGAAGGGGAUUAAGGAUUCUGAUUAAAUUUGUUUUUCCUCAAGAAAAGGUACCUGAUUUCUUAAUAAAAGAAAAAGAAAAACUGAUUAGGUUUUAUUGUUUUGAAAAAUCGGUUGCAAAAACGAUGUCGUCUUCUGGGAGAAAGAUUACUCUGAAGAGCUCCGACGGCGAAUCAUUCGAGGUGGAUGAAGCGGUAGCGUUGGAAUCGGAGACGAUAAAGCACAUAAUCGAGGAAGAUUGCGCCGAUACCGGAAUACCGUUACCAAAUGUUACGAGUAAGAUCCUGGCGAAGGUGAUCGAGUACUGCAAAAAGCACGUGGAGACUCCUAAGACCGACGAUCGAGCCGCCGAUGAUGAGGUUAAAAGUUGGGACGCUGAAUUUGUCAAGGUCGAUCAAGCCACUCUCUUCGAUCUCAUUCUGGCAGCAAACUAUUUGAAUAUCAAGGGCUUGCUGGAUCUUACUUGUCAAACCGUUGCUGACAUGAUCAAGGGAAGGACCCCAGAAGAGAUCAGGAAGACUUUUAACAUCAAGAAUGACUUCACCCCUGAGGAGGAGGAAGAGGUUCGUAGGGAGAAUCAGUGGGCAUUUGAAUGAAGUAUAUUGGCCUAUUUGGGUGCUGUGAAAUGGUUUUAACUUGUAUAUUAGAUGUCUACUUAAUUGCUCUGACUUUUCAUCUUUCUUUGGAUUUUGUCAGCUAUUUUAAGGGACUUCUAUAUUCGUGCAUGUCCAUGCAAUUUCACCAAACCAGUCUGUUGUAUCAACUAAUUUUCUGUACAUCCUGUUCCCUUAAUCGUGGUUCUUGAGGUGAACGGGCCUCCUUUUGCUCACUUGUAUAGAGAAGCUGUUUAUCUCUGUAAAGAGUUAGAAAUGAGUCCGUAUCAAUGGCAAAUCAAUUAAUCAGAUAAACCCCUUUUUGUAACAAAA